GCACAGUCUGUCCUGGUUGUUAGUUGCGUUGUGUACAGUUAAUCUUGGGCUCUUUACGGCGGGGGAUGGGGUAAAACCUGGGAUUGGCUACCCCGCUGUCGUUGCCUCGGGGGAGCUCCCUUAUUGUGAGUGAAACGCUGAUUUUUGGGGUAAGGUCCCGAGAAAAUUGUCCUCUAUCCGCGGUAACCCGCCCAAAACCACCUUGCUGGCGUCUGUACCUCGAGCCCGCGACAAUGUAUUGGCUUAAUUGAAGUUCUGGUUAAAACAUCAAACCAUAUCCCAUGCAAAAAAACCAACACAUUUUCUCUUGUCUCUUGCGAUCUGUGGAUUAAUUAUGGCCGCUUCUGAUAAAUGGAGAUAAUUUCGCCUCUCGCUCGGUCAGUCUAACUUUGGGCUUCACGCGGUGGCGAGUGAGGAUCUGCCCUUCUCGUGGCUUCGCUCCUCUGGGUCAACUUCAGGGCGAGGUCUUUGCAGUAGAGGUGUCCGCAGAGCUAUCUUUUGAAGAACGAGAGGAGUUGGAGAACAUUAGACGAAGGAAGAAGGAGCUAAUGGCUGACAUUGAGAGGUUGAAGGACGAGAUUGCCGAAGUAAUGAGUGAGAUUGAGACUCUGACCUGUAGCGAUGAAAGCAAAAUAUCCCAAAGGAAUAAACAAAUGGCGAUGGGACGAAAGAAAUUCAAUAUGGAUCCCAAAAAGGGUAUACAAUUUCAAAUAGAAAAUGAUCUUCUCCACAACACUCCUGAAGAGAUAGCCCAGUUCCUAUACAAGGGGGAAGGAUUAAAUAAAACUGUCAUAGGGGACUAUUUGGGUGAAAGAGAUGAAUUUAACCUGAAGGUCCUACACGCAUUUGUCGAGCUUCACGAGUUUGCUGACCUUAAUCUAGUACAGGCUUUGAGGCAGUUUCUGUGGAGCUUCAGGCUGCCAGGAGAGGCUCAGAAAAUAGAUCGGAUGAUGGAAUCAUUUGCCUCGCGUUACUGUCAGUGCAAUCUAGGGGUCUUCCAGUCAACAGACACUUGCUAUGUGUUGUCCUUCGCCAUCAUUAUGUUGAAUACAAGUUUGCAUAACCCCAACGUGAGGGACAAGCCUGCCGUUGAGAGGUUCAUCUCCAUGAACAGGGGCAUCAACGAAGGUGGAGAUCUUCCAGAAGAGUUACUCAGGAACCUGUAUGACAGUAUUAAGAACGAGCCUUUCAAAAUCCCAGAAGAUGAUGGCAAUGAUUUGACGCACACAUUCUUUAACCCUGACCGGGAGGGCUGGCUACUAAAAUUAGGAGGGGGAAGAGUGAAAACGUGGAAGCGCCGAUGGUUCAUUCUCACAGAUAAUUGCCUCUAUUACUUUGAAUACACAACGGACAAAGAACCUCGAGGAAUAAUUCCUUUGGAGAAUCUCAGCAUCCGGGAAGUUGAAGAUCCAAGAAAGCCUAACUGCUUUGAGCUCUUCAACCCCAGCCACAAAGGCCAGGUUAUCAAAGCCUGCAAGACUGAAGCUGAUGGGCGCGUGGUCGAAGGCAACCAUGUUGUGUAUCGAAUUUCAGCACCAACCCCAGAGGAGAAGGAGGAGUGGAUAAAAUCAAUCAAGGCAAGUAUUAGCAAAGACCCCUUCUACGACAUGCUGGCCACCAGAAAAAGAAGAAUAGCCAACAAGAAGUAACCGCAGGGAAACCGAUUCGUGCCUGGCAGGUGCUGAUCUGUUUGAAACACACCAGUCUUUGGAAGCUUUAUAGUGCAAGAAAUGAAGAAAUCCACCUCCUAGGUCCUUGUGAUUGGAGUUGAUCAGACAUUCCUCUGUCUAGGUUUAUAGAAAAGUCUUGCUUUUAAAAAGUGUUUGAACACAAUGUCUGACCAGAAAUCAUGCACAGCUGUGUGAAAUUCUACUUUUUAGAAAAAAAGACUUUUGCACACUAAUUUCUUUCUUGUAGGUGGGGAAGAGAUGUCUCGGGCACUUCUAUCUCAGCUGGUCUGAGAUGGGAGCAGGGAUGGUUGAUUUGAUCUGCAAUAGGAGGCUGUACACAAGGAAACACUACUUUCCAUCAUAGUUUAUAGUCAAAACUAUAAUCAAGUAUUAAUUUGAAAGUCCAAGAAAUGUGACUGAUUUAUUAUAAACAGUUGUACUAAGCUCUUUGUUAAAAAGAAUAAAAACAGACAAGAGCACUAAUCAUUCUUACACCCAGAGAUCCAUGUGCUGUAUUUGGCACAAAGGGGAAAUGGAACCAAAAGUUCUUGGCAAGAACUUUAUUUAAUAUAAUCUGCACCACAUUGUGGUAAAAAUUGUAUAUUUAUUUUCUUAGUGCAAUUGCAAAAAUGUUUGUAUUGUAAUUGUUUAAAAAGUCUAAACCUUUUAAAUUAUGUGUAAAUAUUGUAGAGAUUGCUUUAUUGAUACUAACAUUGCGAUACCAGUUAAAACUAUUGUUAAUGGCUUGUAGAAAUAAAACCUAUUAUAAUUAGGAAUAAAAAAGCAUCCCUUGUAU